AUGAAAAAAUAUCUAAAUUCUUUGAAAUUAACAAAAAAACAGAAAGAUAAUCGUUUUAGUAAAAACAAUAUUGAUAAAAUUCUAAAUGAUAUCACGGAAGAAAUUGCUAUGGAGGCUUUUUCUACUCCGCCACCUCAACCCCUUGUUCAUGCAGUAAUGGACAAAGUUAAAUGUACUCGUGAAAGUCUCUUUGUUGGAGGACGUUAUAUGAAAUUAUCUCGUAAAUUGAGCCAAACUCCGUGGUUUGUAAAUGGACAGAAAAAAAUGGAAACUUCUGUUCAAGAUAUACUCUGUAAACAGAUUGUAAACUAUACUCGAGCUGAAUCUUUUAAAUUCCUCUCUUCUGGUCGAGAAGACAUUGAUGUGCGAACAAUAAAUAUCGGGAGGCCUUUCGCAAUUGAACUAAUAAACCCUAAAAUCACAAUAUUUUCCAGUGAGACAUUCCGAAAGCUAGUUGUACAAAUAAAUGACUCGUCAGAGCUAGUCAAAAUCAGUUCUUAUUUAAGAAUAUUAUCACCGUAA